AUGGCUACCAUAUCAGGGUUCGUGCCGCACAAUCGCCCUGCGAAGCCACGCAAAUCCAAGUUUCUAAAGCAGGUUGCGCCUCCCGCCGCCGAUGGCGAGACCGCCGCAGCAGUGGAACCUAAGACCGAGGUGCCAGCGCCUGGGAAGACCGGCCCUCUGGCUCGACUACCGGGGGAGAUCCGAAGAAUGAUAUUCUCGUCUCUGGACUAUCACUCACUCAUCCGCUUGUCAACAACCUGCCGGUUCUUCCAUCGGACGGUCGUCCCCCAAACCCUCGCAGACCCAUUAGAGAUGCUGCAAUUCGUCGGGAGAGCAAUGAAUUUCCCCCAGCACUGGCCCAAGGAGAGAGGUUCAAACCCCCAUCCCGGAAACUUCGAGUGCUAUAUCUGCUUCCGGAUCCGAUCACCAGACCUUUUCGACGCGAACCAGGCUCAGCAUGCAAUCAUAGACGAACAAGGAUAUGUGGUCAAAGGAGACGUAUCACCAUUCAGCAAGGUCAUGGGGGUAUACCUCCGUCGGUUCUGUAUCGAGUGCGGGCUGCUCACCGGGCUCCACGCUCCCUCAGACUCCUUGACUACCAAGACUGGUGGCGAAUUCUGGGUCUGUAAGUGCCGGAAGCUGUGGCCACGGCCUGAUGUUUUGAAGUGUUCCGUGUGCUGCGAUACAUGCCCUUUCCGCCUUCGCAAACAUGGCCUGCAACUCGCAUCCAAGGUGCCCGAGGCGGCGGCGCUCGCUUAG